AUGCGCGGAAUUUAUGCAGGUGCUCAUAACACAGUGGUCGCAAUAAAGCUACCAGACGACGAAUGUUUGGACAUCCUAAGGGUGCUUGGAAAGGUCCAGCCAAAUCUAGAGACCAAAGACCAAGGUCACGCACUCUCAGAUCUAUUACAGGAGCCGAGGAUAAAACAAGCCCUGAAGAGUUAUUGCCGAGCGGACUACUGGAAGCGCAUAUGGAUUGCCCAAGAAUUUGCCAUUGGACAUCGAAUCGACCUCCUAAUAGGCAAAAAUCUCAUCGAUGCCAGAAAGCUGGAGACAAUGCUCAAUUAUGCUGAAAAGAACACUGGACGAUCCAUUGAAGGAGUAGGGCAAGCACAGAAGAUCCUCAACAUCCGGCGUUCGUGGCAGGAGGGGCAGCCACUGGAUCUAUUCAAAAUCUUGGAAAUGACACAAGACUCUCUAUGCGAGCGUCGACACGAUCGCGUGUUUGGGCUCCUCGGCCUGACAGCUGAUGUCUUGGAUUUCCUUUCCGAACCCGGCUACCAAAUCGAUCCUACUUAUCUUGCAUCUUCUAUGACACGCUCCUAUAUCGAGAGACGGUCCCUUGAUAUCAUCAUGCUGGCCCAACGCAUCGAUGCGGAUCACUCUCUACAGCUGCCAUCGUGGUGUCCGCCAUUUUUCUGGUACGACCAGUAUCCACCUAUUCGACAUACCACCGACCGAGCGCUGGGCCAUCAGAAAGUCAGGUCCGACCCAGAGAUAAGACUCUGGCAAGCCACUGGAAAUAGUUCCAGCUCUUGCACUUUCAAAGGAGCUGCUCUAGUCUCACCUGCCCGACGCAUCGGGUGGGUCAUAAGCCUUGGAAGCGCCUGGACAGAUAAGGACGACACCCAAUUUCCCUGCCGUGACCACGCAUGGACACAGGCGCGAAGUAGGCCAAGCAGUGAGUCAAAAGUGGCGACCUUCAUGAUCUACUCAAUAUUGGAUUGCCGAUUCGAGUACAGGAGACACAGGAAGGUGUUAGCGGCAAACAAACCGGUACUAGAGCAAUACAAGAGGCACUAUUUCGUGGAGAUUUUCCAAAUCAAACAUGACCCAAAUGUCACCGAAGAGUCCCAGACUGAUUUCCAACGAUGGAGACGUUCGAAUCGCAAAUUCUCCGUCGGCGGAAUCGCCCUUGGAGGACAUGUUGAACGAACCCGGAGAAAGCUACCGGUUUGCCCUGUCAUACCACACAUGAAAUUCUCGUACCGCAAUCUUGAAGAGAUGGCCAAAAAAGAUAUGCGCAUGAUGUGUCUGGACGACGAUCAGUAUGGCCUCGGCUGGGCAGCAAAGGGCGCUCGGUUGCACGAUGAGGUCUUCCUGAUACCUGGAUGUAGCAUUCCGCUCAUUCUUCGACGCGUAGAGGGAACCGAAGAGUACAAUUUCGUAGGGGAUGCGAUCGUGUUUGGGGUAAUGGAGGGCGAGCUUUGGGAUAAAACGGGAGCGGAAGACCUCGUUCAGGUUAAGAUUGUAUAA